AUGGCAGCAAACACUGCCGCCGCACCGGAAAACAAUAUCAACAGCAACCAGGUGAAUCAUGCUGCCGAUCUCGAAAACAACAAGGUUACGGCGUCCGACUCGGGCACCGUGAGCACGCCUGGAGACGACCAAGAAGAUGCCGGCAACCAGACAUCGAAUUCAGAGCAAGCUGCUCUAAUCGACUUCAAGACCCUCGAGUGGUGGCAGGGUGGCAUCAUCCUCAUUGCGGAAACCGUAUCACUGGGCAUUUUAUCCCUGCCCUCGGUGCUGGCCAGCGUCGGUCUGGCCCCCGGCAUCGCGCUGAUCGUGCUCAUGAGCGUCCUGUCGACAUACUCGUGCGUUGUGCUUGGCGAGUUCCGCAAGGCGCACAUGGACGUGGAGAAUUUCGGCGAUGCGGUCGAGGUCGUCAGCCACUCGCUCGGGCCCGUGGCGGCCAAGGUGCUCCAGGAAUUCUUUGGCUGGGCGCAGGUCAUCUUCCAAGUGCUGGUCGCGGGAAGCCACAUUCUGACGUGGACCAUCUGCCUGAACACGCUGACCGAUAGUGGUGCCUGUACUGUUCUCUGGGCCUUUGUCGGGUUGGCAAUCUUCUGGUUCCUCAACUUCCCGCGAACAUUGAGCUAUGCCAGCUACAUGUCGAUUGCAUCCUGCCUUUCCAUCGUCAUUGCGACUUUGAUGACUGUGGGUGAUGUCUCGCGCACGCGCCCCAUUGGCAAUGGCCACAUUGACAUUGCGCGCUCACUUGGUCUGCCCCCAGCCAUGCUGGCUGUAACUGAUAUCGCAGUUGCUUUCUCAAGCCAUUCUUGCUUCUUCAGCGUCUAUGGCGAAUUCAAGAAGCCUACCGACUGGCCCAAGGCGCUUGCUCUGCUCCAGAUUGUCGACACCUCGCUCUACCUGCUCGCAGCCAUUGUCAUCUACUACUACGUCGGGCCCGACGUCCCAUCACCCGCGCUCUCCGCCGCCGGCUCGGACGUCAUGCGCAAGGCCAUCUGGGGUGUCGCCAUCCCGACCAUUGUCAUUGCUGGCGUCAUCUACGGUCACGUGGCCGCCGAAUACGUCUUCACCCGCAUCUUCCGUGGCACUAAGCAUGAAAUCAGGCGCACUUGGGUCUCCACCGUCUCCUGGCUGGCCAUCACCUUUGGCAUCUGGCUCAUCGCGACAAUCGUCUCCCUGUCGAUUCCCGUCUUCAACAGCCUGCUCGGUCUUGUCGCGGCCCUAUUUGUGAGCUGGUUCUCUUACGGUUUGCCCGGCAUCUUUUGGUUGUGGAUGCAUCACGGCAACUACUUCAACAAAGGGUGGGGGCAAAUUGCCCGUUUCGCUGGCAACAUUGUGUUGCUCGUCGUCGGUGCACUGCUGUGCGUCCUGGGGUUAUGGGCGUCCAUCGAGGCCAUUGCCCAGGAGGAGGGAAAUCAGCCCUGGUCGUGCGCGAGCAAUGCGGCAUAG